AUGUCUUACCAACAGCAGCAGUGCAAGCAGCCUUGCCAGCCUCCUCCUGUGUGCCCACCCCCUAAGUGCCCAGAGCCAUGUCCUCCCCCAAAGUGCCCAGAGCCUUGUCCUCCCCCAAAGUGCCCAGAGCCUUGUCCUCCCCCAAAGUGCCCAGAGCCUUGUCCUCCCCCAAAGUGCCCUGAGCCAUGUCCCCCUCCCUCAUACCAGCAGAAAUGCCCUCCUGUGCAACCUUCUCCACCAUGUCAACAGAAGUGUCCACCCAAGAACAAAUGA